UCAUUUGCUUGCAGUAUUACUCAACAAUACGGUACUGUUAUGUACUUGUCCCCAAAAAAAACACGUGGUACUUUUUGGGGCUUAAAUGGUUACUCUGCAAAUUACUAAUUUUGUUUUCUCGAAAUACUUCUUUAGGUAAAAGAGAAAAAAAAUCCCUUGCUACUCAUUUCUUGAGUUUGCUUUAUUAGCUGUAUGCAGACGUUGCUGUGGCAACUGAUAAAAUCUAGUCAACAAAUAUCUGACGUCAGCAUUCAGCCAAUCAGCGACGAGUUAAAAACGCAAACUUUCGUUGCGAUCAACGCUGAAACGCGACACAAACGCGAACGCAGGUAACGGAGAAAGUGCACCAAUCAAAAGGUUGAAAAUAUACGCGACGCGCUCGUUUCUGAACGCUGCCGAAACGCAAUGAAAGAAACAUGCUGGAGAGGAAAACAGCCUGGUGUUAGGGGGCGUGGCACGGGCAGAGAGGUUGACACGAGGCUCUUGCGUAAAAGAGGCGGGGCUAGCAGAGAUGCCAAAACUUCAAACAACGUUAUGUUGAUGUAUAUAAACGCGUUCUCGUGUUGGACGCGCCGCUCCAGGUGAACGCAAAGUGUGAGGGAACGCGAUUAAGGCCACCGCAAAGCGUGCCACAGGUUCACGCGCACCAGCUACAUUUCUCUCUGUGUGUCCAUGUGUGUGUGAGAGCUGUGCUGGGGUCAGGAUGGAUGUGGAGGAGCCUGAAUCGAGUCACACGGAGGCACCGGCGCCCAAACGCAGCAGAGGUCGACCUCGCAAACCACCACAGGAGUCUCUCGAACCACCCACUCCCAGACGGCCGAGAGGAAGACCUAAAGGCAGUAAAAAUAAAGGCCAGCGUGUCACAGUCAAAGUAGAGCCACCUGGAGAGAAGAGACCUCGAGGCAGACCAAGAAAAUGGCCACAGAAAACAGCUCCUCAGGAAGAAAAGCAGCCAUCUCAUCCCGAGGUCAAAGAGGCGGAGUCAUCGGAAGACCCGCCCGCUCAGACCCCGCCUCCUUCUUUACCAUCAGAGGGGAGUGUCUAAAACUACCUCACUGAAUAUUGAGAGACGGCAUCGGUGGCGAUGCUUCAUCUCAGCUGCCUCCAUCUACACUGUACAAGUUGAAAACAUGCAGUUGGUACCUUACUACCUGAUCUGACCGUUAAAAAUGACUUUCGGUGGUGUAACUUAUCGUAAAGAGGAUGAUGCAGUCAUAUUUAAUAUUUUAUUACAUGAAUUACACUCCAAAAUACUUAUAGCUGCUCAUCAAACGUUCUCAUUGGCUGAGGAGAAAAAACUUAAGUAGUAUAAAGUUUUAAGAACUGAAAAUAAUGCUUUGCACCACUUCUGAAAUAUUAUUUUAAUUUUAUUUUUUUAUUGGCUGACAAUACCGAUUUCAGAAAUACUAUAUACAGAUCUAACUCAGAAAUACAUUCGAUUUAGUUCCAUAGGACUUGAAUUGCCACUGACAUUUAGGAUUCAGGAGCACCACCAGAUUACAAAGCAAAACAAAACAAACCAGAUAUUGGGAAGAUAUUCGCGUUGUAUUCAUUUUAUUUAAGGUUGUACUUCUCAGGAUUUGACUUCUUCUUCAACGCUUGAAAAUGACGCAUCAUUUUGAAAAUGAACAUGCAUUUUAUAAUACUUUUUAAUGUUUUAUAUCUUUUAUUGUUGUAUUUGUAAUGUUUACAGCAGGGUAAUUGGAUUGAAACAAAGCGAUGCUACUUUGUUGCUGUUAUGCAAAUAGACAAAGUGUCCUAAUACUGUUUUUAUUGAGGUUUAAUAUCAAUAAUGAUGUAAGAGUGGACAUGAAGAUGGUAAAACUCAGUACCUCAGUAUCAGAGACCUCAAUUGUAUUGUUUGCAUUUUCCAGAUAAUAUGUGAUUUCUUUUUUUUUCAUAAUUAUUUUGUAAUUCAGCCUCUGGAGUGAAACUGGCAUAUGUUUGGCACUAAAUCAUCUUUUUUAAUAUGUUAAUAUUUUCUAUUCAUCAGAAAAUAAUGUCAUAUUUACUGCUAUGAUGUUGUUAUUGUGUUGAUGCUGAAGCAGUAUUUAAACAAGAUUGAUGUACGAAGCAUCUUUUCAUCAUUAAUGAUUUACAGUACUAAAAAAUGUUAAGAUCUUUGUUUUCAGAGAUGCUAACAUCCAAACUUUUAAAGCUUCAUUAUUUCUGUUUAUUUAAAAAAAGUUUUUCAGGAGUUAUUUUAGCCAUCUUGACUCAUUUAGAUACAAUUUAUUAUCAUAGCUUACGACUUAUAGGAACUGAGUCAUGCAAAACCCCUUUUUUAAGACUAUACCGAGAUUUUAGAUCCAGUUUGGACUUUUUCAUAUUAAAAAGUGUGAAAAUGUGCCUCAUAAACGCCGGUUUCUUACAAAACAUUUUGUCUGGGAUGUUCUUACCUCUUUUUAUAUUCGUCAAAGGUCAGUAAUGAUGUCAAUUGUUUAUGUAGAUGUCCAUGAAUAAAGUGGCUGUCUCAGAUAA